AUGGAGAUCCUACAACCUCCCCUCUUCCUUCCAGAUGAACUGCUUGAAUUCAUAGCAGAUGGCGUCGACUUGCGCGAAGACCUUCUAGCUCUCGCUCUCACCUGCUCCGCCUUCUGCCGCGUCAUUAUACCCGAGCGCCUCUACCGCUCCGUUGUAGUCUCGAUCACGAACACAGACUACCUCACGCGCUUAUCGCAGAAGCCUAAACUCAUCGAACACGUCUAUCAAGUGACGGUCGUGAACACUACUAUCGUCACACCCUCGAGCUUGCGCUAUGGAGAGCCAAUACCACUCAUCGAUUGGACGAAGACGACCAAUACACCAGAAGUGUUCCUUGAGCAACUGAUGAACGCGUUGGCGUUAUGUUCGAAUCUGCAGUGCUUGCGCUUGAACUCGGGUUUACAAGACUCGUAUAGAAUGACUGAAGAGUCUAUCAACCGGAUAUUGAGCCCACUCGUCAACAAUCUGAAGGAUGUCUGCCUCGAUAUCACUCGCUUCCACACCUCACCUACGUUCAGCCUAUGGAAAGCGAGGAACCUUCGCACGUUGGAGCUCAUCAUCUCAGGCAUUGACCGCUUCGACUGGAACGACCUAUGUACUGUGCUAGAGAGCUCGCCACAACUAGAGACCCUUAGCCUACCCAGCAUAUCUCUCGCAGAGAAUGCCCAGAUCAACCCACUCGACCUCCCCCGGAUCAAUCCCCUCCCGCAUCUCCCCCGACUCAAACAUCUUUCGGCCCCCGUCUCCUUCAGCGAUGCCACUACAGAGCUCGCCUUCUACACCUUCCUGCACGCAAAUCCCAGCAUCGAAGAUCUACGCUGGAUGUCACCCAGUCUUCCGAGCGCAGAUAACAUGCCUCUUUUACCCAACCUCCGCCGUCUGCGCCCAGGGACAGCCAGUGCAGUCUUCCUGCAGCGCUUCCUCGAGGGCAAGGCUUCUGGAUCAGUCAGACUGGAGUCUCUGGAGUGUUACCGUAAAGGCAUGCACCUACCUCCUCUUCUCAACGCGCUCGACCCGCAAUCACUACAAGCUCUUCACAUGCAAGACGGGUCGCUACCCGAUAUCAAAGCCCUCGCAGGUCUAUUCACCCACAUUAAAGACCUUGUGCUCCCGCAUAUGCCGACGUACGCCAUGCGUGAACCACAAGGCCUACUCCAGCGUAUGCGCGAGACCGUCAUCACGGCAACCCCCUCAAACGCGAGCAAACGGACUUAUGCGCUAUUGGACGAUAUCGUACCGCUCUUCCCCGCAUUGCAAAGGAUUUGCCACGUCGACGUGAACACCGGCACUCCCGAAGCUGACAAGCUGCUCACCAAAUUGCUCUGGUGGCCCCAGUAUUCUGCCUCGUUCGUACCGAGCGCAUCGGCCUUCCAGUCCAUCUCGACGGGUCUGCUUCACAUACGCCGGUCGUAUCCUCAGCUAUUGAGCGUGAAUGGAUGGAGACUGGAGGAAGGGAUGGAGGAGAAGGUCGUACUGAUCAGAAGUGUGACUGGGAUGCAGUAUCUUGGGAUGGUGGCGCCCAAGUCGAAGUUCUGGCUGGGUAAAGAGGGUUUUGGAAUUGGGCUCACUGAGGCGGGGUUUGAGGCUGCUGUGUAG